UCUAGCCAGCUAGGGACACAUAUAUAUGCUUCAAUGAUGAGAGGCACGUUCAUAAUAAUCCUUAUGUUUGCUGUGGGAACUUGGAUCAGUUCUGCUCAUGCAAGGGCUUUGAUAGGAACUAAUCCAAGGGAUCAAUCCAUGAGGAUAAUCAUGUUUGGAAGGUCCUCAACCUCUGCUGCUCCUUCGCUUCCACACAAAUCGCGGCCACCUCUACAUUUUGGUCGUACACCUACAGACGCAGGAUGUCCACCUAGGCCACCACUACAUUUUGGUCCUACACCUCCAGACGCAGGACGUCCACCUAAACCGUCUCCUGGGCCACCGAAAUACCAUGGUAUUGUAACUGGUGGUGGUAGUCUGCGAGUGUCCAAUGUGGCUUCAUUUUGAACAUCAAAAUCAAGCCGUUCAUAGAUGAUGAGGGUGGGCCGUACACCUUCUAUUAUGUAUUUGCUGCUUUAAUUAGAAUAAGGACUAAGCUCUUUCAUAAUUAACUUUAAUUAGAAUCUUGUGUAGCUUAAUCAUCCAGUGUCACUUUGAAUGCUAAAGCCAUUCAUGAACAUGUCCCCGUUCCAAGAUCAGUUUCCUUCUUCCUCAUAUGGAAUAUUCUUUUUGUUAACCAAGACUUAGUGUAAAUUACUCAAAUGGUCCUCAAACUUGUACUCGAUUUAUAUUUUGGUCCCUAAAUUAAAUUAUUAGUCCAAAUGAUACAUAAACUCUA